GUGCGUGGACGGAGCGGCUCCGCGGCCGGGGCCCCCGAGGUUGCCGGUGCGCUCUCUCUCCCCCCGCGCGGCUCCCACCUUUCCCGGGGACUCCCUUCCCCUCCCCCCUCCCCCCGGGGGACCUGUCGCCGUCGUUCGCGGCCGAGCUUCCACCAGUCCCCCCGGCGCCGUCCGCAGUCGCGGCGGCCGCGGUUUCCCGGCGUCAAGGCCGCGGGGGCCCCAGGCCCGCGACGACGGGCGGCCGCCCUCGGCUCUGCCGCCGCCGCCGCCGCCAUGGCCAUGAGGCAGACGCCGCUCACCUGCUCGGGCCACACGCGGCCCGUGGUGGACCUGGCCUUCAGCGGCGUCACCCCCUACGGCUACUUCCUCAUCAGCGCCUGCAAGGAUGGUAAGCCCAUGUUACGCCAGGGAGACACUGGAGACUGGAUUGGAACGUUUCUGGGUCACAAGGGUGCUGUUUGGGGCGCGACGCUGAAUAAAGAUGCCACAAAAGCCGCCACAGCAGCUGCAGAUUUCACAGCCAAAGUGUGGGACGCGGUGUCGGGAGACGAGCUGAUGACGCUGGCUCAUAAACACUCGUCAAGACAGUGGGACUUCACGCAGGAUAGUAAUUACCUGUUAACCGGGGGCCAGGAUAAACUGCUGCGCAUCUAUGACUUGAACAAACCGGAAGCAGAGCCGCAGGAGAUCAGUGGGCACACGUCGGGGAUCAAGAAGGCCCUGUGGUGCAGCGACGACAAACAGAUCCUCUCCGCCGACGACAAGACUGUCCGCCUGUGGGACUACGCCACCAUGACGGAGGCGAAGUCUCUGAGCUUCAACAUGUCUGUGAGCGGCAUGGCGUAUAUCCCCGAGGGCGAGAUUCUGGUCCUCACCUACGGCCGCACCAUCGCCUUCCACAGUGCCGUGAGCUUGGAGCCAAUCAAAUCCUUCGAGGCCCCGGCGACCAUCAACUCGGCCUCCCUCCACCCUGACAAGGAGUUCCUCGUGGCGGGGGGUGAAGACUUCAAGCUGUAUAAGUACGACUACAACAGCGGGGAGGAGUUGGAGUCGUACAAAGGCCUCGGUCGGCCCAUCCACUGCGUGAGGUUCAGCCCCGACGGAGAGCUGUACGCCAGCGGCUCCGAGGACGGGCACCCUGCGACUCUGGCAGACGUGGUGGGGAAGACAUACGGCCUGUGGAAGUGUGUGCUGCCGCAGGAAGAUAGCGGAGAGCUGGCCAAGCCGAAGCUGAGCUUCCCAGAGGGCGCCGAAGAGGAGCUGGAAGAAAUAGCUUCCGAGAACUCCGAUUCCAUCUACUCUUCCACGCCGAGGUGAAAGCCUGACCGCGCGUGUGCCAGCGAGCAGCUCCCUCGUGGCGGGCUCCGCCAGCCGGCAGGGCGCCAUCGCCUCGUGUGUUCCUCUGCCUGCCGCCCGUGGCCGCCAUCGGAAGAACGAAUCAGCCCCCCGCGCUCCCACAGCCGGCGGGCGGGCUCCCUGCGAGGGACAGCUCGGAGGCAGGGGGCGGUGACCCGGCCCGGCGCGUUUGGAAUGAUAUUCCGCAAAGCCAACAUCCAAUCUCUCUCAUUACAAUUAAUUUCUUGUAGCUCUUUGUUAUUAGGGAGAAGAAAAAUGUAUUGGCUUAUUUUUCCCCCCCUCCCCUUAAAGCAGAAUGCUAUUUUUUUUUUAAUUUAGUUGUAAAGAAGAGGGACUCCAUGAUAAAGUAACUGGUUUGAUUUCUCUUUCAUUGUACACCGGCUUCUGGACAUAAUUAUUUUUAGUUAUAAAUAAAAUGCCUCUAAAUGAAA